GGAGAGCUUUCCUGCUUCCCGCAGGAAUCGGUGCCCAUGUAUCGUCAAAAAUAAAGAUCCUCGCCAUCGCGACAAAUAAAAACAUCCGAAAAAUUUGCUACGUUAGGGUACGUGGAUACACGAUGUUACCAUCGCCAUUUUGAUGUCCACCGAUCAGCUCGAUGACGAUAUCGCGAACGGUACAGAUCAGCCCGAAGAUAAGCACGUCGUGGUGGAAAGACGUGAUAUUCUUCGAGAGAUAACAUCCGAUCAGAAACAGUGUUACAUAACGAAGGACGAUUCGAAGGACAACAAUAAUGAAUCUCGUAUCUCAGGCGAUAUCUGUCGAAUAUGUCACAUGGGCGGUUAUCCGCGGAACGAGGAGGAUCGAGGGAUUCGUACGAGACAGAGCAGAACUGUCGGACAGGUCGACAGCGAGACAUCGACAAUAUCCUCCUACUCGUAUCUCGGUCCUUUGAUCUCAGCUUGCAAGUGUCGCGGAACAGUGGCCCUGGUACACGCGGAGUGUCUCGAGAGAUGGUUGACGGAAUCGGGUCACACGAGGUGCGAGCUUUGUGGUUACAAAUACGCUACUAAAAGGGUGCCGCGUUACAACAUCUUCAGGAGUAUCGCGAUAUGGUUCAAUACCGUGAUAGUGACCCGACAGAUGUUCUUGGAUGUGCUCUAUCUAAUUGUCACUACACCGUUGGCUCUGUUUUCUUGCUAUAUUUGCGCACUGGCUCUAAGAAUGUUGAUAAAAAACAGAUUGCACAAUGUACCAUGGAUGAUCGUCGCUAUGCUUCCAACCUGUUCCCUAACUUUGGUCGCCUAUUGGGGCUGGAUAAUAACUCUGGGCAGAUUGCACGGUCGUCGAUGGCGUCGUUAUUGGAGAAGCAAUUUUGUGAUUCGUUUGGUUCCCGACGACGCGAUCCUCGCCGAAUCGACUUUGAGACGAGAACAAGCAUCCUCCGAUCGGCCGAUCGAACAAUUCGAUCAUUGGAGAAGCAUGAACGAUGAAUCGACGGAUACCCGGGACGCGAUCGGUCGAUCGGGAUAGAAAAGAUUCCCUCCGUCGCAUUGUACACACGCCACGCAAGAUUUAAUCAAUAGUAAUUGCAUUUAAUUAAAAGGCGGUUUUAAUCGAAGCUGAUUACCGACCAUCAAGUAUAAUUAAUUGCAUAGAAGAGAACGCGAGCUUCCACGUAGCUUCCGGUUCUCUGUUUCGCGAAAUACACCCCUUCUAAUUUCCUUCCAUGAUUGUCACGAUAUUGGUGCUUAUAUUACUGCUAAACCUGAUAUUGAAUGUAAACGAGAACAUGGUUAAAUUCAUCGUUAAAUUUCAGAUAAUUGCAUCUAAUUUACCGGACGAUUAAAUUCAAUUCUAUCUACAUUUAUUUCUUUCAACGGCAAAGCAAUUAUUCGUUGAAAUUUCAAUAUCCAUUAUUCUUUGUUCUAUGUUCUGAAUAAUUUAAUCAAUUUAAUAAGUAAAACGAUUAUAUAUGAAUAAGUUUACACUAACAAUUUGUACAAUGUAUUUUAUCGAUUACGGUCUGACAACUUUUAAUAAAUUGAUGGUUGAAACGUUCUACGAUUUAUUGAAAUAAGAAAAGAAGAGUUUAUAUAGAACGGAAGGAAGAGAAACGAGUUGCGACUGGGUAAACCAGCUCCCGAGAUGUACCCUGUUCGAUUUCACUCUCGAACGAUUACGAGUUAUUACGAGAAUCGCC